AUGUACGUGCAAGAAGUGCGAUCGCAGCCUCGUCAUCGAGGAACGAGCGAAAUAACUCCUGAAGAUGACGCGGACAGCAUACCUACCACGUCAGCUCACCCCGCAAGUAACGCGACGGCGGUGAACGAUGAGGACGACCGGGACGAGAACGGGGUUGGUUCGGGCGACAUUGCUCUUGACAUGAAAAUGAAGCCAACGCCGCCGCGGAAACGGAGUAAACUAGAGUCGGCAGCAUGGCUGCUUGCUUGCGUCGCGAUUCUAGUAUUCGGCGACGGCAAGCGGCAUUUCUUCCAGGCGGUGCUCAAGGACCCUCGCGUGCACAAGCAACAAUUCUUUGUGGCGUGUGUGUGCAUCAUCGUCAACGUGGCCGUCUGGCUCUACCUCACUGUCCUCAUCCGCCUCGUGCUAAAAAAUACCCGUCACUUUGAGCUUGCUGCUCCUGGAGCCAAUGCAACCACAACAUUGCUUAGCUUCAUGUCCUUCAUACUAUUUGCGAUUGCAUUAUGGCCAGUCUUUGGCUUCUUCAUCAUCCCUAUCCUGUGGGUAUUCUUCAUGACCUUAGUGGUCAUUCUUUCAACCAUUCCUCCCUACUCCCCGAAGUCCGCUGAAGACAUGGAAUAG